CAGUGGGUUCCACCUGAUCGUUUAAUCAACAGAGCCAAGAAGCUCAGGCACCUCCCUCCUCUCAAUCCCCUUCCGCUCGGAAAUCGCCUUUCAGCACGAUUAGUGCUGCACACUGAUUCUCCAGGUAGCUGCUUCCAGACAACCGUCAAAAUUUCUAUCAUCGAGGAUCUUGAGUUAGCUGAGGAAGAAAUGGGAGCUGGAGCUAGCGCCGAGGACAAAAAGUCCAAGGAGUUGGAAAAGCAACUUCAAGAAGAUGCUGAUAAGGACUCGAAAACCGUCAAGCUACUACUGCUUGGUGCUGGUGAGUCAGGGAAAAGCACCAUUGUAAAACAAAUGAAGAUUCUGCAUCAAGGAGGUUACACAAAAGAGGAACAAAUGGAGUUCAGAGCGAUCAUCUAUGGCAACAUUCUGCAGUCUGCUCUGGCUAUCAUCAGAGGCAUGGAGAUGCUGGGGAUUGAUUUUGGGAGUCCCAGUGGACAGGAGGACUCACAGAAACUGCAGAACUUAUCAGACUCCAUUGAGGAAGGCACAAUGCCCACUGAGUUGGCUGAUGUCAUCAAGAAGCUGUGGAAAGACUCUGGUGUGCAGGCUGGAUUUGAGAGAGCUGCUGAGUACCAGCUCAACGACUCAGCCGGCUACUACCUGAAUGAAAUGGAUCGGAUCUGCAAACCGGACUACCUCCCCACAGAGCAGGAUGUGCUGCGGUCUCGUGUCAAAACAACUGGUAUCAUUGAGGAACAGUUCUCCUGCAAAGAGUUGCACUUCAGGAUGUUCGAUGUGGGCGGCCAGAGGUCAGAGAGGAAGAAGUGGAUUCACUGUUUCGAGGGUGUGACUUGCAUCAUCUUCUGUGGAGCUCUCAGUGCUUACGACAUGGUGCUGGUAGAAGAUGAUGAAGUGAACCGCAUGCACGAGUCCCUCCAUCUAUUCAACAGCAUCUGCAACCACAGGUUCUUUGCACUGACCUCCAUCGUGCUUUUCCUUAACAAGAAAGAUCUGUUUGAGGAGAAGAUCAAGAAGGUUCAUCUGAGUAUCUGCUUCCCAGACUAUGAUGGCCCGAACACGUACGAUGAUGCCAGCAACUACAUCAAGUCACAGUUCCUGGAGCUGAACAUGAAGAAGGGGGUGAAAGAGAUCUACUGCCACAUGACCUGUGCAACGGACACAAAGAACGUCGAGAUUGUGUUCAACGCUGUGACGGACAUCAUCAUCAAAGAAAAUCUCAAAGACUGCGGUCUGUUCUAAGCAGCUGCAGAAUCAUAGGAGAACUUCCUGUCCUUUUCGACCCUCACAUUUUGGCUUCAGCUGGGAAGUGUAUUGGUGGAGCUUAGGGGAUCAUCAGCUGGUCAGGUCACUCCAAUGUCUCUAAGCCAAGUUCGGUCCAUGAAUGCUCCACCUUCAACAAAACCUCCAAGAAACAUGGCGCCCGCCUUGCCAUUAUGGACAUACAGGUUUUUACAGGUCUGAUCAUUAUUCAGUAUAAUGUACAUUUCUGCCACGGGAAGCUAAAUUCCAUGCCUGCUUUCCCCCCAGCUGUGACGACUGUAAUAUAUAUAUAAGAAUAUAUAUAUUACACUCAAACUCUCUCCAGUGUAUGAACAUAUAAUUUUAAAUAGCAUCAUCACACUUUGUUUUGUGUACAGUAGUCUUUGUGGUCUUGAUAUUUAAACUGUAAAUGAAAAUAACGUCCUGAGGAAAUAUCUCAGAUAUCCCAGUUAUCAAAAUGUAUCCAGAUUACAAACUGAAAUUGUACAUGUAUCUAAAUAGUGUUGAUUCCAUUCAUGGGACAUUUUGAAGUGACAACAACUUGAGGCUCAAAUGUCUUAGAGAUUCUUUGUACAUAAGAGUAGAUAAUGGACUUUAUUUUGAAAGAGAAAUAAUUCCUAAAUCUUUGUGGAAUACACACACACACACGUAUAUAUAAUAUAUAUGAGAGGGAAACACUAGCUCAAUGCUUUGUUUUAAAAAGGGAAUGAAAAUCGUUGUCCUGAGUACGUCCUUUCUUAUGAAAUGUAGAGGAAUGAAAUAAAGUUGCAUUCAAUUCA